CGGAACGAAACAGAAAGAGGAAGGAGUCAGAGAGAGAGAGAGGGAGGAAGGAAUCGAAACCCACAAAGGAGAAAAAAAGCAGCAAGGACGCAGGAGAGAGGUUGUUGAGGAACAAUGUUUACCGCGCGCCGGAAACGGUAUCCGAUGGAUAUCCCGUUCGAACGCACCAGCUUCCGGAAGCUGGCCACCGCAGCAGCGCUGCUCGUGUGCGCAUCGUUCGGCGUGCUGCGGGCGGAGGAGCUGCGCUGCGAACGCAUAAUGCUGAGUGCGUGCCAAAACCUGGUGUACGACAUGACGAUCGCGUCCGCGCCCGAGGCGGCCCUGGACUAUCUCGCCCACAGCGGCCCACCCCCGGCGAGCGCCGGCAACGGUGGCAAUGGGUCGGCGAGCGGCAUCGUGCGCACCUGGCUGGACGCAGACCGACUGAUCACCUCACUGCGACCGGUCAUCGACUCCGGGUGCUCCAAGCAGGCUCUCUUCCUGUUCUGCUCGUCGCUCUUCCCACUAUGCUCGCCGACCGCACCGCGCCCCGUGCAGCCGUGCCGCUCCCUGUGCGAGCAGGUGCGCAAGGAUUGCUUCAGCGAGCCUCCGAACAGCAAGCUGUGGCCGGCGUACCUGGACUGCCGCGCGCUACCACAGCCCGAAAAGCACGAGCUGUGCAUGCAGGUUCCUUCGGAUGCAACGGGUAGCGUAGAGCACUACACACCGGCAGCUCCGGUGGUCGGUGCCGGUGUCAGUGUCGGUGGUGGUGUCAUUCCACCGAGCGUCGUACAGCAGGUCGCCAACACGAAGGAUGUGGUAGGGAAGGGCUGGUUCAUCUCCAACCUUGGACAGCCGACGGCAGCGCAGGGUGCCGGUGCGACGAGUUUGUCCGAGCGAAUCAGCUCCCUCCUGCUGCCGGAGGGUGGCGAAGGUGCCUUCAAGGUGGCGGUGCACGGUGGCACGAGCAAUCGAAGCGGUGUCCUUGGCAGCGGAGCUACAACGCGAACUGUGACGACCGCGCCUCAGCCCUGCCCGGUCAACUACAGCCUGGAGUACGACCGGUGCGUGCCACGGUGCGGCCCGACAGUGGACGCACUGUACAGCCAGCGCCAGAAGGAGCUGAUCGAAUCGUGGACGCUGGUGCUGUCGGCUGUGUGCUUCAUCUUCACCUUCACCUCGCUGGUUGCGUUCUGGACGAAGACGGCGAAGUUGGAGUACCCGGACCGGCCGAUCCUGUUCAUGACGCUGUGCUACAACCUACUAGGGCUGUGCUACCUCGAGCGAACGAUCCUGCACAGUCCGCGGCGGUUCGAGGCACCGCUUGACGAUGGGUCCGCUCCCAGCACCCGCGCCGACUGCUCCAUCACGUCCCAGUGCCUAGCGUACUACAUCCUCAAGCACUAUCUGCUGCUGAGCGCCAGCACCUGGUGGCUCAUCUACGGCCUCUGCUGGUACCUGAGCACGGCCAAACAGUGGUCCUGCGAGGCACUGGAACGCAAGUCGGGCCUGUUCCACGUGCUGGCGUGGGUCGUGCCGUUCGCCGCCCCCAUCGGCGCCCUGCUCCGCGGCAACAUCCAGCGCUUCGAGCUGACCGGCUUCUGCACGGCGCGCGGCUUCACCGAGCUGCCGACGCUGCUGCUGCUGAUGGUCGGUGCGGCACUCGUCUGCCUCGCGCUGGCCGCGCUCGCUCGCCUGCGACUCUGCUGGAACCAGCGGGCACCACACCUGUCGCGCGUCUUCGGCCGGGUGCUCACGUUCGCCGUCUGCUACCUGCUGCCCGCACUGUCCGCCACCAUCUGCAUGAUGCUGGAGCGUGUCGAGCACGAGCUGGAACCGUGCCCGCUGGUAGCCACUGGCGGGGCAACCGGCUGUUCUACCCAACCGCAGCCCCACUUCACCAUGCUGCCGACGGCUCUACGACUGGCGCUGACCCUCCUGGGUGGUGGUUUCGUCGGCGUGUGGCUCUGGUCCCGCCAAACAACGACCGACGGCGCGGGCAAGACGCUUUCCGGCACGCCAGCGACGGCAGCCAGCAGCUACUACGCUUCCCGCGACCUUACGCUGCUAACGAAGGGCCCGAAAGCGACCCCGAAGAGCAACGCGACCGACGGACGGUCAACCGCUACCAACAGCCGGCGUACCGGGACGCCAGCUUCCCUUCUGGCGGAAGGAGGACCCCGGGCCGGGUUAGCUUUCGGCCCGGAAGUCCACGGACACCAGCGCAAAGCGGUUGACAGCAGCGGCCAGGCGAGAAGCGAACGAACCCGAGGGACCUCCAUCGCCAGCCCGUACCGAACGGCCAGCAAGACGCAGAAGUACUGCUACGUGUAUCGACCCUGCUCACGAACGCUGCUGCCGGAGGACGCCGGCACCGACUCGGUGCGCUCCAGCUCCGGACGCCGCUCGCAGUGUCUCGACAGUGGCUUCUCCACCGCGGGAGCUACCAGUGGGGCGAGCGGGGAGGGCGGUGGUGCCUACAUGCCGGUGCGGGUGUACCGCAGCUUACGUCCCGUGCCGGUGUCUAUGAUAACCAGAAUCUGAACGCCAGAUCCUGAGGUGCCUUCAUCGAAGGAGAUGAUGAUGCGUUACGUCAUCUCUACUCGGUUAAUGCCCUUGGGGGAAGAUAAUGAAGCGCACGAGUCAAUGGCGCAACGGAGCGCUAAGCGCGUGUAGGCGUAGUGUAGUGUAAGAGAGUGACGACCCCUGUGACAAGCUUUAAUUAGUUUUUAUAUCGAAUCACCUAACCACGAUACUGUGCGUAAUGUAUAAAAUCUCCUCCAUAGUGCCUAAGAUGUCGGCCUGAGUAUUCGCUCUUUUCAUGGUUCAUUUGUUAAAAAAACGGCGUAGUAGUCGCAACCGAAGUGCACGAGUCAAACCCUAGGGAUGCCACACUAUGUUAGGGUAAAUAGAGGCAAACAGCGAUCCUAGGAGCCACGAAGGCUCGCCUGAGUAGGAAUGGCAAGCAACUUACCUUUUCGGCCUGAACAAAGUACUGAUUUCGACUAGCGUAAGUUUCGUCAAUCAAUGGCACAGAGUUUACUAGAAAGAGCGGAAGAGAACGAGUCCGAGAGCGUUAAGGUGUGUGUGUGUAUAUAGUCUAACAUUAAGCUAACAACUCAAUCGCUUUCAUUUAAGCCCCUUGGUAGAAUCAUAUUGUAUUUAAAACAG